CACAACAGUUCUACCCACAUGAACUGAAGAUGAAUACCACCAACCGUGCCGCUACUAAAACAUCUUCGAGUCCAGACUUAUCGACGCUCACUGAACCUGCUGGAAGCACUACUGUCCGCGUCAAUAAGCGAGUGCGGCUUGAGGAAAGUAUGGAGCGCGAGGACCAAAUGGACUUCAAAUCAGAACUGAAGUCCAUAACUACACUGCUACGUCAACAAAGCUCAAGAUUUGAUGACUUCGAAAAAAUCGCCGUGGAUUUUACCUCUAUUAAAAGUCGCCUAGAGGAUAUACAGGCCACCAACAAACUGCUACUCGAGGACCAUCGUAAACUCGCGGCUGAGUUGAUCGACAUAAAACAACGCGAAGACGUCACCAACGCCAGGGUUGAUUCCAUCGAAGCUAAACUGACGACCACCACCGCAACUAUCGGAGAGCUUACUCAACAGUUGCGCCUCAAGGACCAACAGUCACGUAUGAACAACCUUGAAAUCUCUGGGAUACCUCAGCUGAGCGGAGAAAAUCUUCAGACCAUUCUACAAAACAUAGCAGUCAAGGUUGGGUAUACGCUGAGAGAAACAGAUGUUGAUUAUAUUCACCGGGUUCGUAGGUAUGCACCUGCUAAUAACUCAAACAAAGGUACGAGCACACCUACACCCCACACACCUCCCCCAAAUAUAAUAGUCAGAUUCUCUCAACGCCAGAGGAAAAGCGAUAUGCUAGCUGCCGUCCGUGUGCGCCGAGGCUUGACCACUGCUGAUGCCGGCAUUGACGGAGCCGCCAAGCCUAUCUUCGUGAACGAGCACCUAGCCCCCCACAACAAGGUGCUGCAUGGCCGUGCAAGACGCCUAGGUAAAGAACUUGGUUACAAGUACAUCUACACCCGCGAUUGCAAAAUUUUCUUACGUAAAACCGACAUCUCGAAGCCUUUCCCUAUACUAUCUGAAGAAGAUUUAGUUAAAAUUGUUUGACUCUUAAUCUCUAUUCACUCUGUCUGUCACCAUUAUUAUAUUAUCAUAAUCACGGGUAAUAUAUCUAUAAAUCAUGUUCGACUGCUAAAACUAGUGAGUAUAAUUAUGUACUGCAAUAUUCACCUUUGUUACCAUAUUCAUAAGCCUCACUUUUUGUUCACUUUGAUAUGUAACAUUGUACAAAUUAAUUUGCAAUCGUCAAGACAAUCAAGGUCAUGUUGUAUAAAUGUAUUGUACCGUGUAAACAAAUUACAAUUAAUAGUUGUGUAUCUCAAUAUUGCUACUACCCGUAUCCAUAACUUAAACAAAAUGGGGUCAAUACAAAAACAAAAACUACUUUUCUAUUUACAAGUGUACUUAAUUAAAAAUAAACUUGCUUACUUAAACUUUAGUGUGUGCAUCUCUGUGUUAACUAACUAUAGGUUCUUUUUUUAUCUCUGUUCUAAUGUUGAGUACAAAAUGUAACUUAUUGAUUUAUUAUCAGAACGUAAGAGGUCUUAGGACAAAAUCUCACAACUUUUUCUCAUCCGUUUCUAAUUGUUCUUACGAUGUAAUUUGCAUAACUGAAUCAUGGUUGAAUGAAGGUUUUUACAGUAGUGAGUAUUUCGAUGAUCGCUUUGUAGUAUUCCGUAGUGAUCGCAAUGAGUCCGUAACUGGUCUAAAGCGAGGCGGCGGCGUGAUAGUGGCGGUGCGCCGUGAGCUGUGCCCUGCAAUCCGGCGGGAUUGGUGUGCGC